GCUGAAGUUCCAAUCAGUCUGAAACGAAUUGUUGUGAACGAUGGAAGAUAAAUACGUCUAGAAGUGAUCGAAAACAAAAGUGAAGUGAAUAUAAAUUAUAUACACGUUAGACAAACAUUUUAAAAGAUUCACAGAAAGAAUCAAAGAAAGAAGACAACUAGAUCAAGUGUGAAUAAUUCUAGUAAAUAAAUUAAAUGGUUUCGCUAACGUUUUAGUGCUAACAUUAGCAGGAGAAUGUUGAUUAAGGAAUUCAGAUUUAAAAUUAAUAAUUAAAAUACCUUAAAAUAAACAAAUUAUUGAUUAAUAUUAAAAAAAGCCUUAAGUGCCAUUUUGCAAAUAAAGUCUGGUUUCUUAAAGUCCUUAAAACAAAAAAGUAAAAUUUAUUAAAAAAAAAACUACAUGUUUAAAAUCAAAAAACCUUUGUGUCUAUAAAAUUGUCCUCAUACCUUGGUAAUCAAAACAAAAAGUAAAAAAAUAAGAAAUAAUCCUCUCUAUCAGACAUCCUUAAAAAGCAUACACACAACAACAUUUCAGCAUAAAACAACAACCAAAAAAGCACUUGUGUUUUUGCCACUUUUGGGUAUAAAAAAGUCUUCAUAAACAGCAAUAAAGAAAGUAAACACCAAAAUAAAACGAAUUUUUAUUUUAGCAACAGUCGCAAAAAUUCUAAAACUGCCUGCACCGUUCAGUUUAUUUUUUCUUUACGUGUGUUUGUUGUAUUUCGAGAGUAAAUUUUAUACUCCAACACAGACACACCAACUCAUAUCUACUCUGCAUGCCAACCAAAUCAUUUCUACCCAAAAAAAAAGAAAGGAUAAUAAAUUGUGCAUUUGUAUUAGAAGUAUAUUAGUAUUCGUAAACACAUUCACAGCAACUGCAGCAUUUUAGUUUUUCCUACGAUUAUUAUAAGGUGUGCGAAGUACAAGAAGAAUCCCCGAAAUAUUCAACCAACCGUAUGUUGAACAAAAUACUACUACGACUAAAAAUAAUUUAAAAAAUAAAUGUAUCCAUAUCAAAACAUAAAAGGAAAUUCGUAAAAAAAAUAAAACAGAAUUCCAUUGUUUAAGGAAAAAAAGUGUCAUAUAAACCGGAGAUUUUGAUCAAAAUUAAAAAUAAAUCCUCAACAUCAGCAUUGUCAACAUAUUUUAUGUUUCAGGAUAUAAAGAGACUGUUUGCUAUUUCCGUAUAACUGGUUAAUGUCAUUAGUGCAUGACCAACUCCUUGUAUUGCCAUCAUUAGCCAGCAAGUAAAACUAAACACCAAUAACAACUAAUGGAAUUUCCACAAAAUUGACUGAUUUUUUCGCAAAAAAAAAAAAAAACAAAAAUAUAUUUUACACAAAUUUUGAUACUACCUAAAUAUUUAGAACUUAACAAAAUAUUUAGAUUUUCUACACUUUUUUUACAUCAAACAAAAUUAUCCCAAACAAAAAACCUUAAAAAGUAAUUAAAACCUUUUUUCCCCUGAUCCCGUAAACAAAAUCCUAUAACCAAAUAUUGCCUAAAGCCAAAAGGUAUGCAGCGUUGUCCCUAUAUACAUGAGAUGAGAGAACGUUUAUUAAACGAUCAGAAUCGUGAAUCAUUACCUUUGGAACAAAUGGAGCGUGCAAAUCUAUUAGACAAUCGUCAAUCGGCUGAAUUACAACAGGUCGGCACUAUAGUCAAGUUUACAUUUUAUUGUUUGCUGCUGUUAUUUUUCUACUUCCUCGUUAUGAAAAUUAUCCUUGCACGACUACAUGCCGAUGGGUAUCACACAAGUCCAGCCCAUCAAAGAACACCAUUGGUGCCUAGAGAUCUGGGAGAAGAUUUCAAUUUGGAUUUCGAUGAUGAUUUUCCAAUCGAUGCUAAACGGCCUAAAAAUGCCAAGGUUGUUUAUUCGGUAAAAUCAGAUCCAAAUAAACGAAGUUUUUUACCAGCUAAUAUAACCAUACAUGGCACAUAUCACACCAAUGUUAUAACAGGACCAAUUGAAUUAUGGACAUCGUUGUUCAUUGUAACCAGUUUGGUUUAUGCCAUCAUAUUGAUUGUUGUGUGCAUUGCUUACGUUAUAAGCGAUGUGACCACUCAUCGUCUGCCCGUACUCUAUUAUGAAAGUUUCUUUACGUAUCUGUAUGGUGUCAGCAUACUCUUCCUAUUGUAUGUUUUCUGUUUUCUGUUACAGGAAAGUUCCUGUUGCAAUGGCGGCAACAAUCAACCGAAAUCUCCUAAAAAAGAAAAGAAAUCUAAAAAAGACAAGGAUCCAGCCGAUUCGAAAGAUGCGAAAGGUACCAAGGAUUCUGGCAAGGGUGGUAAGCCCAGUCCCUAUCAGGAACGGUAUCCAAUUAAGAAACGUGAUUUGGUACGACAUUCUUUAAUACCAACACAGGACUCUCAAGUAGAAGCUGAAGUAGCAGUCACACCAAAAAAUGUACGCAAACGUAAAACUACUCACAGUGAUUUGACACAUGGCAGUUUCUUUUUGCGUGUCGGUGCCAUAGCUUUUGGUUUGGGUGCCAUGAUUUAUAUUGGUUUGGAGUUUGGUUCAUUCUUUGAGAUACCCUUUGAUUCGCCUUGUCAUCACAUUUUGAUUGGUGUCAAUCCUUUACUGCAGAUGAUUUUCACCUUUAUGCAAAUGUAUUUCAUCUUUAUGAAUGCCAGAUUGAAUAUUCAUCGUUUUAAAGUUAUAGCCCGAUUUGGUUUAAUGCAUGUUGUGGCCACUAAUGUUUGCGUUUGGAUACGUACACUGGUCAAGGAAUCUUUGUUGGAAAUCACUUUGUAUCAUCAGAAGCGCGAGAAUGAUCCUAACGAUUCGGCUAUAGCACAGUCAAUACGUCAACAUGCUUUGAGACAUGCUGGCACUGUGUUGCGUACUCACAAUGGACCAAAUGAAGAAUUUGAAGUAUUGGAUGGUGAAGACCUAUUACCGGUCAAUGCUUAUAAAACUGAUAAUGUUUUAUCAAAGUUGGUACGCAAGACCGUGGACGGUAUAUCGAAAACUUUGGGGUAUGGCUCGAACGAAGUGGCUGACUUGGCUGCCACCACCUUGAAUACCAUGACUACCACAACAACUAGCACUACAACACGUGCUCCAUUUACAACGCCUAGCUAUCAAUGGCAAAGUACUACUAUGGCACGCAAGUUGAAGAAGUUUAUCACGAGUACCACAGCUGCUACAAUGGGUACGUCCUCCUCCUCUUCGUCAACGACUUCAACAACACCCGCCGCUGACACCAGCUCAAGCACAGCUCUGCCCACUACAACACCAUUAACUACAACAACGACCACUGAAUUACCUUACAACACCUAUCAGAACUUAUACUCUUCUGCCUCACCUUUGACCGGUGAAAGUCUGUUGUCAUCAUCUACUGCUGCCGAUACUACGUCUUCAUUCGAUAGUUCCAGUUUGGCCUCUAGCGUUGCUACAUUUUUCAAUAAUCUCAUUUCAAGCACCCCAUCACCAACCACUACCACCACCACUGCCGCCACAACUACCACCACCAUUGCCGCCAAAACCACAGAAAAUUCAUUAAAUCUCAUUAACAAUCUCAUGGAAAAUAGUUUCCAAACCUAUUCCGGCAUCUCCCAUCCCGAAUCAUCUAGUAUCAUGUCAUUUGAAAAUUAUGAAAACUUAGAUAACAUUUAUCCCGCCGCUCUCUCCUCCAACGUUGGUACCCUCAACUCCUCAGCCUGUGGACGCAUAGAUAUUAUGGGUACCAUUGUCUACGAUUCGGCUCCCUAUUUGUAUCCCUUUAUCAUUGAAUAUUCCCUAAUUGGAGCUGUUGUCCUAUAUGUGAUGUGGAAACAUAUCGGUCGUUAUCCUGGACGUUUAAGUGAUGAUGAUUUGGAACAUCGUCUAGAGGUUAUGUUGUCACGUCGUGCUGUUGCCAUGGCUCAACAGGCACGUUCGGGACGUGUAGAUUGUGUUGGCUCAUCCAAAGGUUUAUUCUUUGGUCUAUUGUUGUUGGUGGGUGCUAUGAUAUCUUUGAUACUCUUCUUCGUCUUGGUGCGUCAUCAGCAGUUCUCUUUGUUGGCCAUUUAUUUGGCCGAUGCCAGCCAUUGUAUACUUAUGGUGUUUGCUAUAUUGGCCAUUAUAAUAGGAUUUAUCAGAGUCAAGAAUUUGAAAUUCCGCUGUGAGGAACAAUCCAAUCUCAAUGACAUUCUCUUACGCAUUUCGGCCUUUGGCCUCUUUACCUAUUCCGUAUUCUCCGUUAUUUCGGGCAGCUUAAAGGUUUUGGAAAGUGAACCCAGUCUUUUGGUGACCACCACCAGUGGUGUUGCUGUUUUCCAAGUCAUCUUACAAUUACUAUUUAUCGCUGAUGUCUCACGUCGUCGUGUUCAUUUACCCGAACAUGAUCGCAGCAAGCCCGGUCGUCAAAUUGUUACAUUCUUAUUGAUUUGCAAUGUGGCCAUGUUUGCCAUUUAUACAUUUGAAGCUCAAAAAGUAUUCGCCAAUCCCGUAAGUAGAUAUGUUCAAUUGGAUUUCUAUGGUUUCGUACCAUGGGCCAUCAUACAACGUGUUACACUGCCACUCUGCAUUUUCCAUCGUUUCCACAGUGCCGUCACACUAGCUGAAAUCUGGAAGACCACCUAUAAAGCACGUUUGGAGUAAAUUCAAUGCUAAACAAUACAGUCGGAACGGAAACUCAACCAACCAUAUUCAAUUAAAAUUAAGAAAUUGGUGAAAAUUGAAGCAACAAAGAAGAAAAAAUAUAACUUGAUUGUUUUUUUUUAUAAUUUUUUUCAAAGAACAAAAUCUUAAUUAUAAAGUAAAAGAAGAAAAGAAAUAUAAAAUUAAAAUGUUAGUGAAUCAUAAAGGAAAACUAAACUCAAUACAUAUUGAAAAUGAUGAUAAAUAUGAAACAAAAAUACAUUAAAAUCCGCUAAAUAAUUUAGUUUAUAAAAUGAAAGAAAAAAAAUAAAGGAAAUAGUAAUAUAAAAAUGCCAUAUAAUGCACCAAAAUAGUAGACAGUACAUUUUUAAGAUUGAAAAUAAAAAAAAUAAGAAUCAAGAAUCUCAAAAACCAAAUUAUUGAAAAAAAAAAAACAAAACAAAAAACAUCAUCCUUAAGGACCAUUCUAUGGAGUUUAAAAA